AUGCUUGUAUUUGGUAGUUACUUAAUUAUUGUGGGCGGCGUUGUCAUGAGCUUUUUUCCUCAUCAUAUCUUAACUAUAUUGAGUUUGAAAGCAGAUAAUGAUACUGUUGUUCGUAUGACUGGUUUACUUGCUGCUAUUCUUGGUGCUAAUGCUGCAUUGUUCAUGUUUUCUAUGGUUAUAACUGGUAUUUCACCUCAGAAUUUACUUCUACUUGCAUUUGGUGAUGCAAUGGCAGCGACUUGGACAUUUGUUGCACUUAGAAAAGAUCAACAAGAAAAUGAAAAUAAACAGAAGAAUUUAAAUAAAAAGAACUAA